CGUUCUCUUCUGAACCUCUCAGUCUCUUCCCUUCUUCUAUCUUGUCAUCCAAAGACAGCGACAAUGAACACUAACGGCCAAAACCCAUUCAUGUUUGCUCUCUAAGGAUUCCCAAAACUUUGUCCAUGGACACUAGAGAAGGCACUGCCUAAAGAGUUGACGCUUCGAAGACACUCCGAAGAAGUCCUCGGAAAUGCUCCUUUGAUGGAUGAACACCUCUCUUCAGCACUGCUGAUGAACACAUAUGAAACCUCAUGUUGAUUAGAUAUCGAAGGAACUCGCACUCUGGAGUCGUGGUCUCGAGCUCCCAUGGAAAUGACUCCAGUUGAUUGGCCAUCUGGCCUUAAGGAAGGCAUAUACACAGCAUACCCAGCACCAGUGAACAACAUCCGCCCCUCCGACGACGUGGGACACAAUGAGACAUAUAAUAACCCUUCCAGAGAGAUAUCCGCCCGCCUACUCACCAGCAGAUCAUUUCUAUUUCCUCGGUAAAGGGAUGGCUCUCCGAUCACAUUAUCAUUCGGAGUUGUGAGCUACACUGUCAAAUCAAAGAGGAGGAAACAGUUCGAAGUGUCCUCCAGUUGUGUAACAUAGCACUUACUGUUACAGCAGCACUCGUUCUGUAGAGCUUGAAAAAUGUCAUGCUUUGACACGUGGGUACGGACGACAGUCUUCCAUUCUUUCGCUCUCAUUGCGUGGCUCUUUAGCAGUCCGCAGGACGAGACAAGACCGAACGAAGACAGCUUUGCUCUAGGAUUUUUGGAUAACGUGGCGCUUCUAGCAGUGUCUUGAGUUUGAUUGACAGUGGCAAUCCAGCAUCUUCGAAGACGAUCCUGGGGAAAGGAUUCCUUCACGCCAGGCCAAGCCAGAUGUCUUGCAUGGACGUGCCCAGAGGAACAAUUCUCAGAGCUACAAAGAAAAUACUCUUCAGCUUUCAUAGCGGGAGAUAUCAGAAUGAUGUCACGACUCACAAGUCUGACCUGGAGCUACACAGGACUACUGUAGACUUCUUUGGAAAACAAUCUAGGCGAGAUUCGACACUCUCUGAGUUAAGCUACCUAUCGGAGUAUGAUCUUAGCCACCAAAGCAAAAUGGCACGAGACGACGUCUAGACAUUUGAAAUGGAGCGUAUCAUAUGAUGAGAGACAUCCUCCCUGGCACUACAGCUAGCUUCAUGAUUGGCAGACAUUCCUACGUCCUCCUGAAUCUAUCAUCCCAAUGGGACUGGCGGCGAAACUUGCCUACAUGGAUCAUUUUACGAUCAUCCGGCAUCCCACUGUGCCAUUUUAAACCAAUGGCCUGUUAAGAAAUGAAGUGGCUAUAGGAACAAUCACCGUCAGGUCUGCGUGACCUUGAUACUGAAAAAAAAAAAUGAUAGAACGACUACUGCUGGACUCUACCUUGCCGACUGAUUGUGAAAGACGUGAUUUAUUCACAAGUACGAUGUCGAUGAGGAUCAAAAACGGGAAACGAGAACAGAGACUCAAUUUACCAUGGAAGCUCCAUCAUAUUGAGUGGCUUGAGCAGAAGGAAAUAUAUACUGAAACGCAACACUACUUUCGGAGCGCAACCACUUGACUUACGGAUAUGAGAUGGCUUCGGAUCUCGGAUCACAUCAUCAUGCUUGACGGAGUCCACAAUUUCCGGAAAUAUGCACUUUCCUGUUUAGCCAGGAAAAGGCCUGUCUUGAGCGAGGACUUGUAUCUGCCUGGAUGAGCUUAUACCAGUGUUUGAGUCACAUUGCUAGCUGGUGACUUGCUAGCGGGUUACAAGAGCCGCCUGCUUGCUGGAAAGAGCUCAGGUGAAGCGUCUCGGCGAAGAAUAUGGACGAAAGGGGAGGUUCCAAGGACUUGUUUGGCUCAGAAAGGGUGAAUUGGGAUACAGAUUGAAUAAGCGUGUCAGGUGAUAGUCCAAUACUCUAUUGAUGUUGGGAAGGGACAAAGUGCGGCCGGUCCCCGAGGCGAGGCGAGGUCAAAAGCGCUGUGAUCCAUCUCGAGGUGAUUCUCUUCUUCAUCUUCACCAGCACCCUCCAGCUAGGCACAGCACGUCAACGUACAGUCAUCUGCUUCUUCUGCUACACUCUCACUCUCUCUGAAACGUCUUUUAUGUCCGAUCUAGCCGUCGACAACAGGUUGUGCAUCGUCAACUCCUCUCGCCCUUCUCUUCCCAUUCUGGAUCUCGAAUUCAUCUUCAGUCACAAAAAUGAUCGGUACCUCGAAGUACAGUGAAACAGAUGACCAUGGCCUUCAGCUGGCAGGCUCAAGUGGCUUUGGAAGUUCAGAUGUGUCGAAGAACGAUGUGUUUGUGUUUACGAACAACGACGCACAAUGGGACGAAGAAGCAGACAAGCACAGCGGUAACAACCAAGAGCAGGACGAUGGUAUGAAUGAUCUAGCCAACAAUACAUUUGCUUCCAUCGAUUUAGACCAGCAGAUCUUCGAAGACCAGCAACAGCUUGAUGGCAACAGACAGGCUCCUAGCAGCUUCCCUGACCCAUUAUUCAACUAUGACCAGCCUCACGGAACGCCAUUCGCCCUAGGAAGUCUCAACGUAGACGACAGCCAGAAUGGCAAUAACGGCGGCGAUGAGAGUUAUCAACAAUUCUUCAUGGAAAUGGUGGAUUCCGGGAUUGUGGAAGAAGACAGCUCUACGCGAGAGAAGUCCUCGUUCUCGGGAUUAGAUGUUCAAGCAGGUGAACCUAACAAAAUGUCUGGAUGUCUAACAGUGCCAUCGGUCUCCAAGCAGUCGCCGGCCCCCACGCAGGUCAGCGCUGAGUUGGAUGAUGUGUUUGCCAGCGACGAACAGUUUAGCAUGUAUCGGUUCCAGAAGCAACUCCAACCUACGAAAAUGCGGACCGGGUCGUUCAAUCUGCAAGAACCUCCUAGAUUUGAAAGCACUGUCUCUACACAGGCAAAGCUCGCCACAGAAAAUGAGUUCAUUGACCUUGAACUUCACACCACAAAUACUCUGAAUAAUACAGGACCAGAGAAUAUUCCACAAGCAAGCCCAAAUGGAUUCUCAGCUCGCCGUCAACAACAUGUUGCUAGAAAAGACAAGACCGCAACACAAUCUGAUCCCCGCGGCAAGGAAGCAACCGACAAGGGCGCAAGGGAUGGACGAGCUUCAAAGAGACUGCGGGUCACCGCUGAAGCAGACACAGUUCGGGAAGGCCAAGGAGGAGGACGCCGUCGAAAUAUGACACUCAACCUAGCUGAAGUUCCGAAACAGUUGAUUCUUAAAAGCAAUCCGGUAUCUCAAGGGGGUCAGGUCGCGAGAGCCCAGCCUCAAAACAUGGACCAGGCGACCAGUAUUCUGAGACCACAACCUCGAAUGGCCAAUCAACAGUUUUCCACACCAAGAAAGCCCAGCCUUGAGAAACCCGGAAUGGGAAUGUUCCAACUCCAAUCAAAUGAUCCUCGGGCAUCACAAAAUGUCUUCGCAGUCAACAAUCAGUCCUUCGCUGCCACUUCCCAUCUUGAUGCAUUCGGACCCACUCCAAUUCCCAAUCCGGAUCGUCUGCAAGGGCCGCCGUCAAUGAUCGCUGCACCUCCACUAGCACCUGCAGCCCCUUCUCCAAUCACUCCUUCAUUGAGAUUUCCAUUCGAUGUUUUCAAAUACCCAACAGGGGAGCAUUAUACGCAAUACCUUGGUCCACAGGUCGUGAAAAUCCUGUAUGAGAAUUUCUACCAAGAUGUCACAAGCAUUCCUCUCGCCAACAUGGGGAACCUUCCACCUACAACCUUGAUUGAUACAGCGGUUCACUACUUCAAGAUGAUGAAUUGGGACAAUCCGGUUCAAUUGAACAUGAUUUAUCUCCUCACUGUUCUUCACCAUAGUCAACAGACUGAUCUCCACCAGUGGCUUUGGGAGCUGUUCAGAGCUGCUUCCAUGGUCCAAAGGUUGAAUCGCCAAUCUCCCAUCAUUCUUGAGACUAUCCAGACGAUCAAGUGGCAAAUCAUUCGCUUGACACUCCUCCUCUUAAAGCACGACAUGACGGAGUUCAGCACUCGUGAGAAUCCAGUCUUUGGAAGAAAGGUUGGCCCUGCUCCUUGGACUGUGCAUCACGAGCGUACUACGAUCUGGCAGGUGCUAGGGAUUCAAGUUGUCAAAGACGAGCCCAGACUCUGGAUUGACAACUUUAUCCAAAUGGCGAAGGCAAAGUUCCUACAGGCUGGAAUUAACCCAAACGAAUCCCCUUUGCCAGUCCCAGAGGCCGAGGACGAAGAAGGUUUCAUUUGAUCUGACCGUCAUGUAUUUGCUUUUCGCAUUUAGAGGUCUUGUUGAGUCUUGCAUUGCCUGUCCGAAUGGUGUUCAUCUGAAGUUUUCACGGGCGUGAAAUGAGCUUCAGCAACUCCGUUCUUUGUUUAAAUGCUGGUUUCAUAAAGGGAGUUUUCUGGGUGGUGUGCUUCUAUGAUGGGUUCAGGGGUGUUUCCUGGGGCAUUGCAUUGGCAGCAUUGCUUGGCGUUGUCCUGACAUUAUGACGGGGUGAAACUCGAUGAGCUGAAUGACAUUGAUGGAUUGUAUGAGUUUGAAAUGACUGCAAAAAAAAAAAAAAAGGCAUACUGGGAGAUCUGGAGUUGCUAUGAAGUUUGCUUUUAUCGACAAAAAAACGGAGGAUAUGUAUGCUACCCUGAGCGUUGCUGCACCCUGCUUCAACACCUGCUUUCCUUACCAAGGUUGCAAAAAAUAAAGACUUGAUAACUAAUG